GCAGCCUGCUGGAUAAUCAGUUUAUGCUGCAAUAUCCCGGUGUACAUUUCCUUCUAUACUGAGCAAAUACAGGGCACACAUAUUGUGGUCUGCCAACAUGACAAUGCCGUGUUUUCUUUUGCGGUACUUAUACAUUAUGCUGUUUGGUGCGUUAUUUGUGGUUCCACUUCUGGUUGUCGUCUGCAGCUACCUCUUGCUGAUCACAUCCCUUAUUAGACGGAUUGAAGGAUCCAUUCGCGUAAAAGGAUCACUUAGCGAGCAGGACCCACGCCCUUUCCGAGUAUUCAACAGGAAUUUACCAAGGUCCAAAGUGCGGAGCGUUCAGUUAAUGUGCGGAAUUGUGUCCGGUUUCCUCAUAGCCUGGAUCCCGUUCUUCACGGUGGUGUAUAUGGGUAUAUACGCAAGCUUCAACCACCCGUCGAUAACGUUUCUCCUGCUUAGCUAUUAUCUUAAUCCCGUCGUGAACCCCAUGGCUUUCUUCCUCUUCCAUCGCCUUCGCCUCCAAAGGUCUCAACCCAGCGUCUUUUCCGGAACGUUACUAAGGUCUAGUGGGGAAUCAAGGCACGUGCACCCCUCGACGAUGCGCGAGGAGAUGAAACUAAACGACGACAAAUCGGCAAUCAGUGAUUAUGGCGCUGAAGUGGAGACGGUAUUUUGUUAUACUGGUAAAAUAUUGAUUACUAACGCAAAUAAUGAGUCCACCGUGAUUGAAGCGAACGGAAUCGAAGAUGAAAAGAUGAACAUUGAAAAUGAAUCGAUUGAUCAAUGCGAAGUAAAAAUAAAUUAAGAAACUGAUCGUUAAGAAGGAAUUGUUGAUAAGAUAAUGGACGUUUUCGGUUAUAAUAAUAGCAGUUAAUGUCGAAACGUAACGAGUUUAUAGAUAUGAUUGUGCCAAAGGUGGAACGAUGUUGGAAACAAAGCGGUGCAGCCAUACGGUUAUACUGACUAAAGAAAACAAUGUUUGACUGAACUUUCUAAAAUAAUUGAAGGACGAAAUACCAUUGGUGGCUACACUUUAUGUCCCGAUAAAUGUUAUACAUACAUCGUUUUUCUAAAUUAUAUGGAGAAUAUGCAGAUAGUACAUAACAGCAUACAGAAACGCGAGUAUUUUGUUCAAAACAUGUUAUUAUUGUUCACUAUAAGUAUAAUAUUCUUAAAUACAUUUCAGUGAUCAUUUUGUUAAUUUAAGACGUUGCACUUACUCCCUUCUUAAUAAUAUUAUGAUUUCCGUCGAUAAUAUCUAAUAU